GUCGCACAGCGGUACACACCGCAGCCACAGUAUAAUUGCGUCGCAUCAACGCCACAGGUGAGCGCGAAAGAGCAACGCGAUCGCGUGUUACCGUACUUGUAAUUAGAGGCGCCCAUCACAGCCGCAACAGUCACAGCGUUCGACGCUGACUCCUCGACGGACCGUCGCCGUCGACGCCCGCGCCGCGCCACGCCGUAUGCCGCCCGCUUAGACGACGAUACAACCAUACCCCGAGUUCAAUGAGUGGGGACGCAGAAUACAUAUCUACAAACUUCAACAUGAGGAAUAACGUCAAGCCAUCGUUUUGGGGUCAGCGCACCAAGCUGGAAAAGCGGCUGAUGCUUGUGGCCGGCGUGGCCUCCAUCCUCGCAAUCGCCUUUCUUGCCGCCUUCAUCGCGAGCAUACUCAUGAACACCUCCGCUGACUUCAACAACAUGCCACAGACUAGUGAACUGAGACUUUCUUCACCCAUGCCGCCAGUCGCCAUUGCUAAGGAGGGCGAAAGCAAUAUUUGCAGCUCUCCAGGAUGUAUACACACAGCCUCCAAACUUUUAAUGAAUAUGGACGAAAAAGUGGAUCCUUGUGAUGAUUUUUACGACUUCGCUUGCGGUUCGUUCGUGAAGAACACUCGUAUACCGGACGACAAGACCUCUGUUAACACCUUUUCGAUCAUCACUGACCAACUGCAGGAGCAGAUCAGGGCACUCCUCGACGAACCUGUGACACCCAAUGAGCCGAGGCCAUUCGUUUUAGCCAAGACAUUGUACCAGGCCUGCAUGAAUAGAACUGCGAUUGAAUCGCGAGGAGUACAGCCGCUUAAGGAUAUGCUGCGCCGAUUAGGCGGUUGGCCGGUCCUAGAUGGCAACAAUUGGAACGAGGGUGGUUUCUCGUGGGAGCAGUCCGUCUACAAGUUCCGCAGGGCCGGUUACUCCGUCGACUACUUCCUCGACUUCUCCAUCAGCGUUGAUGUCAAGAACUCCACUAAACGGAUCAUCGAUCUCGACCAAGCCUCGCUCGGACUCAGUCGAGAGUACCUGAAUCGAGGCUUCAGCGACAAGUUAGUCCAGGCCUACUAUGAGUACAUGGUGGACAUUGCUACCCUACUGGGCGCUGAAAGGGCUCGUGCUGAAGUCGAGCUUAAAGAUUCGUUGCAAUUUGAAAUGAAACUGGCUAACAUCUCUUUGCCGCUGGAGAAACGCCGUAAUGCUACUAGUCUUUACAAUCCUAUGACAAUUGCUGAAUUGCAACAGAAAUUCCCAAAGAUCCCAUGGCUUGAAUACAUCAAUAAUCUCCUGGCUCCGCACGUGAGAGUGGGUGUAGAUGAAGUCACCAUAGUCAGCGUACCCAAAUACAUCAGCGAUCUGGAGAUCCUGCUUGAAAAUACACCGCGUCGUGUUCAAGCUAACUACGUGAUGUGGCGGGUCGCGGGCGCAUCGGUUUCUUACCUCACUGAAGAAUUGCGCAGGAGACAGUUGGCGUAUGUCACAGCUCUAUCCGGGAAGACGGAGCGAGAGAGCAGAUGGAAGGAGUGUGCUGACACCACCAGCGUCAGUAUGUCAAUCGCCGUUGGAGCUUUAUACAUCAGGAAAUACUUCAACGAGAAGUCUAAAGCUAACGCUUUGGAGAUGGUGAACGACAUCAGGCAACAAUUCCGUAAGACCUUGACUGAGGUGGAAUGGAUGGACGAAAAGACACGACAAGCUGCUUUAGAAAAAGCUGAUGCCAUGGCAUCGCACAUCGCUUACCCGAGUGAAAUGCUGGACAAUAACAAGCUGACUGAAUUCUACACUGGGCUAGAGAUGUCAUCAGACAAACUGAUGGAGUCUGUGCUGAAUCUAACAUUAUUCGGUACCGAAUACUUGUUCGGAAAACUUCGUGAACCGGUCAACAAAACAGACUGGGUAACCCACGGUCGUCCUGCCAUCGUCAACGCUUUCUAUUCUUCCAUUGAGAAUAGCAUCCAAUUCCCUGCUGGCAUUCUUCAAGGAGCAUUCUUUUCUGCUAAGAGACCAGCUUACAUGAAUUAUGGUGCUAUAGGCUUUGUCAUUGGACACGAAAUCACUCAUGGUUUUGAUGAUCAGGGUCGGCAAUUCGACAAAAAUGGCAAUCUCGUCGAUUGGUGGCAAGAGAUGACAAAACACAAAUAUUUGGAUAAAGCAAAGUGUAUUAUUGAUCAGUACUCCAACUACACCGUAAAGGAAGUUGGCAUGAAGCUGAAUGGAGUAAAUACUCAAGGAGAAAAUAUUGCCGACAAUGGCGGCAUCAAGGAAGCUUACUACGCAUAUCAAGCUUGGACCCAACGUCACGGCGAGGAAACUCGUCUGCCAGGCUUAGAAAAAUAUACUCCUAAACAGCUGUUCUGGUUAAGCGCUGCGAACACCUGGUGUGCAGUGUACCGAAAUGAAGCCAUCAAACUACGUAUUACGACAGGGUUCCACGCACCUGGCCGGUUCCGCGUCAUCGGGCCUAUGUCUAACAUGGAGGAAUUCGCCGCUGACUUCCAAUGUCCUCUCGGUUCACCGAUGAACCCAACUAACAAAUGCAAAGUUUGGUAGUUCAACUAAUAAGAUCUGCCAGUAACUAUUGAUUUCAUCAGACUCGUCCUAACAUGUUAGGCGUAAAGGCCACCUACAUACCAAAAGCAUGUCGAAAACAGUGUGGAUUAUAUGCACCUAUUACUAUAAUCCCAUUCUGGUGAUGACAUGCUCUUGGAUUGCUGAAGCCUCAAAUUACAUGAAUUUUGUGGUAAAGAUUAAAUACGAUCUAAAUCUAUUAAUGGUAUAAUUGUAAACUAAUAUAUAAUAGGACUCGUGUACAAAUUACCAAAAUGAGUCCACAAAAUUCUUGCCUGUUAAAUCGCCCAAUGUGCAAAAUUUUUCCAUCUGCAGACUAUAUAAAAAACGAAGCACUUACAAACAUGUACUGAUUCGACUAUGCUGUUAAGAAUCUUUGCACAAAGAUAUGUACUGUUUUAAGCAUUAGUUUCAUUUAAAAUUGGGUACUAAAACUGCCAGCAAAUUUAUUAUAUUUAUACUCCAAAUGUCUAUACUAAAAAAAAUUGUACGCAUAUUGAUACUGUUAGGAGAACAUUAAAACUUAUCAAGAAAAUGCCAAUUAAAAUAAUAAAUUAUAAUAACGUCAUAGUUACUGAUAACAUAAUGUUCGCAUUCUUGAUCACGUACCUGUUUUAUAAAAGAGAAAUUGUGCAGAUUCUUUAAAUCUGAGAAUAUUUUGGCUUUCGAUGAAGAGGUUCGACUCUUCUAAACCAACAUUAGUAUAAUUAUUGGCUCGUAAUAUUGUACGACAAGUAUUAAUCGUUUAAUAAAGUUAGAAAAGAUCUGUGAAUGUUGGAUGUAUAGGUGUACCAGGUAUCUCGAUGUUAACUCGUAGAUAGAAUUAGAUGAAUUGUGUUAUUUUAGAUAGUUUUAUACGGAACAAUUAUAUGCCACAACAAUAAAUCACAAUUAUUUACUUGUUUAUUUGACGAUUUGUUUGAUUGAUCACGUUACAUAGUUAAACGAGAGCGGAUAUAUAUAGAUUCAAUGGAUAUUCGCGAAAGCACUAGCGAAAUCAUGCGUUUUAUUUUCUGUUAUUUCUUACAUAUAUUUAUACACAUUGUUCUAUACUGACAUGUUGUUUAUACGAACGGGAACAAAUUGUAAUAAAUAUUUAAAAUAUGCCCUUUUCUAUCGGAUUUUAUAGUAAGAGAUAAAUCACAAAUUUACUCCUUUAAUGGUAAACUUUCAUUAGAAUGUUUAAUUACGAACCAAUACAACUAAAUCUUUGAAUAUUAUUCUGUGGUAGUUCUGAAGCAUUCUAGUGAAUCAUGACCAUGAAGGAUUUGACGUAGGAUGUGUAGUAAGAAAGAUUUAUAGUAAAUUAAAUUAUGUAUCUAGUAUAAGCAUAUUUAGUUAUAUAUGAGCCGUCACAAGAUAUUUCAGUCUGUUUUAUAUCCUAAUACAAUCGUCAAAAGUACAAUUCCUUCGACGCCAUUCCUGCUAAAAGACUCAUUAUCCAACAAGAUUCAACACCCCAGAAAACCGUUUUACAAAUAGUAAUUCUUCAUAUGACAUAUUUAUUUUGGGUUACAAUAACAGUAUGGCAACGGACAGCUGACGAAUUUAUUUGAUUUGUUUGUAUAUACUGUUAUUGUGCCCAUUACAUAUUUAUAAUAAUGCUGUGUCAAAUAGCACUAUACGUGACUAUGAAAGAUACAGUGAUAAUUUAAUUUUAGUAUAAGCAUCUAGUUAAGUAUAAUACUUUUGGAUACAAUCAUAUUGUUGUAAAUCAUUGAAACACCAAUAUAAAAGCUUUUUAU